GAUUGAAUCUUUCCCCUGUGGGUUUAGACUUGUUCCUUCCUCUGGCAAAACGUCCAUUGGUUUGGGAGGGUUGUGCCCAAGGAAAGACGUGGCCUGGAGUCCGGUGAUCAUGUUCUCCUGCCGGCUAAGCAGGACCUCAUUUUGGAUCCUCGGUGUGAGAGAGACUUCCACACUUCAUCUUCCGGCCGAUUUGGCUGUGCAAGCCCCCGCGAGUUUCCUUGUAAGCUGCCAGCAGUCAGAUGAGAUGUGAAGCUGAGGUCCUGACUGCUUGCCAUCACUUCAGAUCCUGUGGAAUCGUCAGGAGACCUGGAGGGUUUCAUUGUAGGAAGAAGUUGCUGCCUGCGCAACAAACCUGUUUCUAUGCACCCCAAGUAUCCAGUGACCACAUCUGGGAGCCAUGGGCACCAUUGAUUAUUGGUGAUGUAACUGGGUGCUUGUGGUUGGCCUAUAAAGGGCUAAGAGAUUGAGCAGGAGUACACAGGAGAGACAGAAAUCCCUGACUGCCAAGGAGAGACGGCUGCACUCUCUAGGCUUUCUCAAGCUCCAUGAUGGUUUCGAGGAAGGUGGUGGCUUCUCUGCUGGUGGUGUAUGUGGUGGCCAUGCUGGCUGAACAGACUGAAGGCUACCUAGCCUUCUUCACUCGCAGUGACAUCGAGAGGAUGCAGCUCCAGGAGAAACAGAGGAACAAAGCGCAGAAGAAAUCCCUGAUAUUGCAGAAGCGAUCGGAAGGCGGAGACAUUACUGAGCUCUCUGACAUGGAGCGUGUGGACGAGGGCAAGAUCAUCAAGCUGACUGCUCCUGGAGAAACUGGAAUGCGGCUUGACGCUAGUCAGCUGGAAAAAUACCAGCACGUCCUGGAGGAACUGCUAACUGAGAUGCUACUGGAUGCUCGAAAUGGUAACUGAUAUCCUCAGACCCAGAAGAGCAGGGUGAUGCUGCCUGCUGGACUACAGGUCUACGCUUCUGCAAGACUAACUCGGUGAAGUGCUGCAAAAGAAAAAAAUCUGAUGCGAGCUAAUAAAAU